UGCCAACAAAGGGGCUUUGGAAAAUUACGGUGGUGUUGAAAAUGAUUUCAAUAAUUUGAACUGUCAUCCAAAUUCAUGGAGUGAUGAUCAAACUCAGAUGGGCAUACAGAAUGCCCAUAACAGUGAACAGGCUAGCAAAACCAGCAAGCUCCACAGUGUGGUGGAAGCUGCCUGCAGUUCUGAAUCCUGUGCGGUGGUGGAUCGGAUCUUACAGCAGGUGGAUCAGCUAUCAGAUCUGGAGAAACUUCUGCUCUACCUCAAACUACCAGCUGGGAAGAACAAUGAUGUUGAUCCACUUAAGAUACCCCUGAACCCAUUGGGCAGCAGGUUUGAGAUCCAGCAGACCAUCAUGUGGAUCCGCACACACCUGGAGGAAGACCAGGAUGUGUCGAUGCCCAAGCAUGAGGUCUAUGAUGAAUACCAGGUGUACUGCAGCACCAACAGCAUGAAGGGCCUGAGCACGGCCGACUUCGGCAAGGUGAUGAAGCAGGUGUUCCCGCGCGUGCGGCCGCGCAGGCUGGGCACUCGCGGUCACUCGCGCUACUGCUACGCAGGUCUGCGGCGCAAGACCAAGCUGGAGGCGCCGCACCUACCCGACCUGGACGGCGAGACGCCGGUGAAGGCGGGUGGUGAGGUUGGCGCCAGCGGCGGCAGCGGCACCGGUGACGGCUCUGGCGAGCUGGCAGCCUCUUCCCUGCUGAUCCGCCAGUGGGCCGAGAAGCUGAUCGGCGAGAAGUUCGAGACGCUCUCUCAGCUCAGCAGCUACCUGGUCAAGAAGAACUACGUGUCCGGGCCGACGCCGGCCGGCCUGGCGGGCGCGGCCGCCGUGAUAAAAGAUAUGCCGUCUAGUUAUUUACAUCCAGUCAAUAGGCAUAGAGAAACCCAACUACAGUUGCAGAGAAAACUGCAAGAGAAAGAGCUGUUUCGUGAGCAGAAGAAGAAAUUGCAGGACUCGGACGGCAAGCUGGAGAAGGGCGGCGCGCGCGGCCGCAAGCGCAAGAAGGGCCUGUCGGACGAGAAGCCGGACGCCUCGGACGACGCGUCGAUGGACGGCUCGGCCGGCUACGGCGAGCCGCCCGGCUACGGCGAGCAGUACAGCUGGCUGGAGCCGGCGGCCGACGCGUUCGCGGCGCCGCUGCCGCAGCCGCCGGAGCCGGAGCGCGGCGAGUACGCGCCGCUGCCGGAGCCGGCCUGCGUCAACAUGUCGACGAUGAGCGGCGGCGGCCCGGUGCCGAGCGCCGCGCCCACGGCCCACUCGCACUGCCCGGUCAUCACCAGCGCGCCGCACGGCGACACGGUGGCGCACGCCACCUUCGUGCAGCCCGCCGGCCGACAGCACAACGGCUACCCGCCGCCGCCGCCGCCACCGCCGCCGCCGCCGUCGCACGUCAAGUUCAAGGCGAUCCAGCCCAAGUUCGAGCCGGGGGAAUACGACGGGCGGGCGUCGUGCGCCGGCGGCGCCGAGGGCCACCGCGAGUACAGCGACGUGCUCUGCGGCCAGGAUAACGAGGAGGAGCUGAUGCAAUACUUCAACAACAAGGACCACCACCAGAAGGAGGAGCUGUCGCAGCUGCGCAUGCUGCUCGAGCAGAACCUGCCCGGCAGCAAGGAGACGCAGAAGGUGGACAAACCGGCCGGGCCGUACGGCGCGGCGGCCGGCCAGAACGGCGCUGGCGGCCAGUCGGUGGCGCUGCGGCGGCGCGUCAGCUUCCAGCCGAGCCUGUCGGCGCCGGACGGCCUGCCGCUGCCGCCGCCAGGCAUGGUGCCGCCCAGCCCCAACACACGCCGCCGCUACUUCAACUUCCAGCCGAUCGCGCACGAGCCGCUGCCGCCGCCGCCACCGCCGGGCGUCGGCGAAAGCCCAUUCGUGUCACCUCACAGCACGCCGCUGCCGCUGAACCGGUCGCGCCACAACUCGGGCCAGCUGUCCGCGCCGUACCUGGCGCGCGGCCCCGGCACCGGCACUAUCACGCCCUUCUCGGCCAUCUCCGAGCUGUCACGCUGCGCCACGUUCGGCUCGGAGAACUCGACGCCGUUCUUGUCGCCGCAGUCGACGCCCGUGCCGUUCGCGCGCUCGCGCCACAACUCGAGCCAGCAGACUUGCCGCUUCCCGCAGAGCCGGUCGCGCCACUCGUCGGGCGCCACGUCGCUGGUGGCGGCCUCGCUGGCCGCCGCCGGCUGCCGCCAUUCACAGCCGCUCUACUCGCCGAUGAACCCCAACCCGUACUCGCCCAUGUCGACGAUGGCGCCGGCCUCGCCGCACAUGUCGGUCGACGAGUCGGGCAUCCAGACGUCCAACUUCCCGACGCCCGACGGCACGCCGUCGGUGCGCUCGCGGCACUCGUCGUCCGGGUCUGGCAUCUCGCCCAUCUCGGCGCCCGUCUCGCCCACCAGCACGGCGCUGGUGGACACGCGUGCCGGCUACAGCGACCUGCGGCGCCGUCACCAGUCGGCCGGCGCCACCGUCCACUACCGGCCGCCGCGCUCUGUCAACGGCGCCGGCGCGCCGUUCGACGCGCUCGCCUUCGAGAUGGCCGGCCUGACCGACAACCUUGACCCGGCCGCGUCACUCGGCCUGCAGCGCUCGCAGAGCGUGCCGCCCACCUCGCUGGCGGCCGGCGGUCCGGCCGCCAGCGGCGGCUACGUGUUCCGCGCGCCGCCGGCUGCCAUCUCGCACUCGUCCCACCUGGCGGCGCCACUGUCGCUCGAGUACGGCCUGGACGCGUUCAGCGGCGCGGGCGGUGGCGGCGGCGGCAGCGGCGGCGGCGGCGGUGAGGCGCCCGCCGGCUGCUCGUCCAACAUGACGCUGGCCGAGCUGAACACGAACCUGCAGCGGCCCAGCGUGUCGACGGCCGGCCGCGACGGGCUCGGUCUGCACGAGCAGGCGACCAGCGUGGACGCCGACCUCGGCGAAACGCUGCAGGCGCUCAGCGAGUGCGACGAGUUCUCCCAGCUCAUGAUGCAGGUGCCUGGCAAUGAGUGAGCCGGUGACGGCGGCGCCUCGGCCCCAGCCCUGGUCCGGUGUCGGCUGCCGCAAGCGUCAGUACAUCCACAUACAUACACACACAUACACAUGCAGACACACAUAUACACAAACUCAUCCGGAUACGUAUGCUGGAACUAUGCGGACAGUCUCGUGCAAAUUGCAUUUUGCGUAGAUGUUGAUGCGCAACGCCACACAGAUCGACGGGUGCAGAGCGCGGUGGAGCGGGCGGCCCGGCGCCGCCGGAGAGCGGGGCUUCGCUCCGCCUCGGCCGCUCGUUUGUAGGCUAGUUUUUACCGUAUAAGCUGGUAAGGGGAGGGGUGGUAGGAUAGCGGGCCGCCGCACUGUGCUGUCCGCUUUUGUCCGGGGGUGCCGUGGGGGCCCGGCCGCCCGCCGCCGCAUGCCCACAUAGAGCUGCCGAUGGUGCGGCGGAUAUAUUUUACUGAGGCGGGGUGCGUAGCUAGGCGGCGCGAGUGGAGAAAAGUACCUGAAAACUCCAAUAUCUGUGAGAUUGGAUGCGCGGCGGAGUGGGAGCGGCCCGGAACAGUACAAACGUGUGUCGGCUUUGUGCAAUUCACAAUGGGCAGCAGUCCGGGCGCGCCGACGCUCCAGACGCUGGCCGGUGCGGCGUGCGUGAAGGCUGGAGGCGCUCGCUGCCGCCGCUGCGGCACGCGCGGCACGCCGGCGGGCCGUGUGGCCGGCCGCCGCCGCAUCGCCACCCCUCCGGGGCUCUGCUCGUCGAUGUUCGUUGUGCACAGUUGGCUGAGCUUCGGCGCGCGCUGCCUCGGCUUGUUACUUGUUUGGCGCGGCGGCGGGGCGUGGCAACGCCGCCACCGUCGGCGGCGUCCGCCCAGCCCCGCGCGCCCCCACCCCCUCUCCGGCGUACAUGUGCUUGCCCUGUGGAACGGUUGGCUGUACGCUCGUUUAUUUUUGUCCGUCGCUGGCUGUUAUGAGGCGGCGUUUUGUGCGCGCCGCCCUUUGGAGCUGUUGGGCGAAGCGGCCCCUGCCGGCCGCCGCCCGGCGCCGCCUCUAGCAGUAGCCGUAGUAUUCGCUUUAAGGUGAUCUAGACUUACAGUGGAUUCUGCUGCCCUGGCGAUGUCGUGUCUGGUACCUGGCCCGCUGUGACUGGCUCCGGUCUACUAAUCAAAGCGGUGUAGCUGCGCGCGCGUGUCGAGGGCAUUGUAGCCACGUACUUUCCGGAAUCGUGUAACAGCUGGAGAAAUUAUAUAUUUUAUGCUUACGAACGAUCGCCGUUGUUAUUGAAAACGACGAGGCCGGAAGGGCCCCGCAUUUUACCGGCACGAUUGCGAUAACGCCAGCUGCCAGGAACAGUUCAAACAGCACAGUGUGUACCGAGUAGCGUUGGGUUUAACCGUUUUAUCUGUACCGUCGGCGACAGCGGCGCGUAUUCAUCUGGUUCAUUUCUCCAGACGAUGGGUGCGCCGCUGGAUUAUGGCAUACCCGCAACAGUGUUGGUGGUGUCUGCUGUCGCGCGUGGUGCCACGCGUCUGACCGCCACAAACUUUUGCCAAAUGUAGGCUCUUCUCUGUUAUUUGUUCAUUUCGAAUGCCAUCAAUACACAAUAAAGCAAGCCUAAUCACAAACGCCA